AUCACAGUCAAUUGGUGACCGUCAAAGCUAAAGUUCGGUUGGCUCCCAAAGAAAAAAAACGCCAUUUACCAUUUUCGUCUCAAUUUUUCUUGAGCCUUGUCUCUGAUCAAAUCGAAAUUUGUUCGUUAACCCUAGAUUCAAUUUCGUCAGGGAUUCGAAUUCGAUCUAGAAACAUGACGACCGGAGAUCUCGUCAAUAUCCAUCCCACAGAGCUUAAGUUCCCUUUUGAGUUGAAGAAGCAAAGUUCGUGUUCGAUGCAAUUGACCAACAAGACAAGUAAAGUUGUCGCAUUUAAGGUCAAAACAACGAAUCCUCGGAAAUACUGUGUCCGUCCAAACACGGGUGUUGUCUUGCCCGGAGACUCCUGCAAUGUAACAGUGACGAUGCAAGCCCAGAAAGAGGCACCUCUGGAUAUGCAAUGCAAAGACAAGUUCCUUGUGCAGAGUGUUACUGUCUCAGACGGUACAACCUCGAAAGAAGUAGUCGCUGAAAUGUUCAACAAGGAGGGCGGUAGAGUGAUUGAGGAUUUCAAAUUGCGGGUUGUGUACAUCCCGGCUAAUCCGCCGUCACCUGUCCCAGAAGGAUCUGAGGAAGGCAACUCCCCAAGGAACGAGAUCGCUGGCUCGCUUUUUGACGACGUGUCGAGAACGCUAGAGGAAACAAAUGAGAAAUCUUCCGAGGCUUGGUCCAUGAUUUACAAAUUGACGGAGGAGAAGACUAGUGCUACACAACAGAGUCAGAAGCUCCGACAGGAACUGGAAAUGCUGAGGAAAGAAACAAGCAAGAAGCAGCCUGGUGGACAUUCCUUGGUGUUGAUGCUGCUGGUGGGUCUGCUCGGCUGCCUCAUUGGCUACUUCUUGAACCGGACUUAACCAGAACGACGCUAUGGGGUUAGCUUCAUCAUCAAAAAUCUUGCAAAGUUUUUCUUUUUUUUUCACCAGAGUUUCUCAAGCACCCAGAUGGGUUUCAUUCAUAUUUAGGCUGUAAAAUCAGUCAUAGCUGUAGCACCAGAACAGGGGUGAUUUUUGUUGAAGGUUUCUUGUUACUGGCUAAAGCCAAGUUUGAGUGUGUAGCAGUAAUUAACAUCUCAAAAGUCGUUGGUAUGAUUGGAAUCAAAAUCAGUUUUAUUAAUAAAACAAAGAAACAAC